UUGAAUGUGAAUAACCACGUGGUGUACCUGCAUUUAUAGUGGAUGAUUAUGAUUCAAACACAACACAAUACUCUCUGUUCCCUAAUAUAUUAUUAUUAUUAUCGUAUAUUAAAUUCCACAAAAUAAUCAAGUUUUCUAUAGAAACAAAAAACACUACAAAAAUAAACAAAAUAGUCGAGCGUGCAAAAGAAGAAGAAGAAUAAUUUUUAAAAAUGGUGAAAAUGGCUAAAAAUUACAACACCACACACAACUGCAGCCUUCCGAAAGAUUCGCAAAGCUGUCUCCCGAAGUUACCUCCUCAGUCGGGAAAAAUUAGAAGAUUGUUGCGCAGUUUUCACAAAUUGAUUUUGGUGUCGAACAGAUAUCACAGAACGAAAUUUAUGUUUCGUAGUCAUGCUUCUAUCAUGGCAGAAAGGAAACGUCAAAUCCGCUCGAAAUACUGGUACAUCGUCCACCCGUACAGCACAUUAAACGUUAUCUACAAAUCCGUGAUGGCCGUUGUAUGGUUGAUGUGUUUCUUCAUAGUACCUUUUUAUUCUGCCUUCUUUCUAAAAUUGGUGGCCAAUGAGAAAAUCCUGCUAGCCAUGUUCGCCACAUUUGACAUCAUGAUCGCCGUCAACUUAUUAAUGAACUUCCUAACAGGAUACAUGGACCCCAAGUCAAAAGUGAUCGUUCUAGAGCCGAGAAAAAUAGCGCUCAAGUAUAUAAAAUCCUAUUUUCUCUUUGAUCUAGUGGUAUUCUUCCAUCCAAAUUAUAUUGUGUACAAAAUAAUGAAAAAAGACAGUCGUACUUUUGGUAUUGUAAUACUUUUGGGACUCCUCAAUUUCGGUUUUUGUAUUCGAUUAAAAACCACCCUCGAAAUGAACUUUCGAAUAAUCACCCAUUAUCUGGGCCUUGGUACAAACGCCCACAAGAUAUUUUCAUUAACCCUAACGUCAUUUUAUUUGACCCACUGGUUUACAUGUUUGACCUACAUGAUUCCCACGGUGGUCUAUUAUUUUAGUAAACUUCAUACUGACGCUUGGUUAAUGCAAGCUGGCAUACAACCUGAUUCGGGCACCAGUGUUGGAUGGAGUUAUCUGGAAAGCCUUCUCUGUGCUAUCUGUCACUUCUUAAGUGUCGGCUAUGGAAAUUACAUUACCAGCGAUCGGAUCGAGCAGAUUCUGUUUUCAAUAAUAACCAUUUCUGGAGCGAUUUAUUUCGCUUACGUAAUCAUCUUUGUGCUCAUUCUCAAUAGAUCUUCCAACAUUUCGGAACGCAAAUACGAAGAGCAUCUACAUGAACUUCACCAAUACAUGAAAUAUAAAAUGUUUCCGGUUUCGCUUCGUUAUCGGGUACUGGUUUACUUUGAACAGAAGUAUCAAAAGCAUUUCUUUGACGAAACAGAAAUACUUUCCACAAUAUCGGAACAUCUGAAGCAUGAAGUAUUCCUUUACAGUUGUAGAAUAUUAACAGAUAAAGUUGCACUAUUAAAACAUAUCUCGAAAAUGUCCUUGGGAUAUAUUGUCGCAAAGCUGAAACCCGAAGUGUUUCUUCCUAAUGAAAUUAUUAUCAUGGCCGACGCACCUUCUGAUUACAUUUUCUUCAUCGCUUUCGGAAGUGUCGCAGUAUAUACGGUUCAGGGGGAAGAGAUUUAUCAUUUGCAAGACGGUGACCAUUUUGGAGAAAUAUCCCUGGUGUUUAACGACGUUGACGUGUCCACGACCGUAGUUGCGAUUGAAUUGUCCGAAAUUUACAAAUUGGAGCACAAAUACUUGAAAGUUUUACUACAACGGGAUGCUGAACUUAACGAGAGAUUGCGAAUAACCGCCAAGGAACGGUACAUAUAUAUGUUUUACAAAAUGGAAGAGGCCAAAGGGAAUUAUAUUCCCAAAAGGGGAGUUUUACACGAUUUGAGAAACGGGAAAAUUUUGGAACACAAUUAUGGAAAAAGGCGGUGAAAAUUUUGGUUGAUGCAUUUGAUGUUUUACUAAGAUUUCAUUAACAACUAAAACACACAUUUAACUGUCUGUCAGUUAACCCCAAGCAGUCUAUGAUAUGCAUUAUUUGUCACACUUUAUAAUAAUAAUUUAUUAAAAUAAUAGGUAUUAGUAGGCAUAUUUAACUGCUGGUUUUAUAAAGUACAAUCUCGCUAAUAUUUCAGAAAUUUUAGACUGUUUAAAUAAGUCGUAAUCAGAAAUAUUGAAGUAUCCAAUAAAGUAUGUACGAGAGAGUUGAUAGAAAUAUAGAGAGUAAACUUUUUUGAUCAAUUUUAUUGAAAACAUCUCGACGUGAAAACUACCAAUUGAAAAAAGACCUGUGGGAUUCAAUGGGGACUACCUGAUGUAAUGCUAUGGUUCAAUACCUUGUCCGGGCUCCUGGCAUAGACCUGAAUUCCCCAACUUUUUUUUUCAUGGAAACACUAAUGUUUUAUUGAUGAUUUGCAUUCUACGAAAAAAAGUACGUUCAAAUAUGAUUCUUGCAAGCUAAAAAUUGAAAAAAAGCCUUAAUAAAAGUUGUAGGAUUCAAUCAGGUCAUCUAAUGAUUCACA